AUGUCUAUUCUCAAACUUGUUGAGGAUAGACCAACCCCCAGGUCGGUUUACAACUGGAGAAUUUAUCUUCUGGCCGCUGUCGCUUCCUGCACGUCAUGUAUGAUCGGUUAUGAUAGUGCCUUCAUUGGUACUACAUUGGCCUUGGACUCGUUCAAAAGUGAAUUCAGCUUCGGUUCUAUGAGUGAUGCUGCUGUCGAUCUGGUGAGCGCCAACAUUGUCUCCUGCUAUCAGGCUGGUGCUUUCUUUGGUGCCUUCUUUGCAUACCCAAUCGGUCAUUUCUGGGGUCGGCGAUGGGGUUUAAUCUCAUCUGGUCUGGUCUUUGUUCUCGGUGCCGGUCUGAUGUUGGGAGCCAACAGCGAGCGUGGGUUAGGCCUGAUCUAUGGUGGUCGGGUUUUAGCUGGCUUAGCUGUCGGCGCUGGUUCCAACAUCACUCCUAUCUACAUCUCUGAGCUGGCUCCACCUGCUAUCCGUGGUAGAUUGGUUGGUGUCUACGAGUUAGGCUGGCAAGUUGGUGGCCUUGUUGGUUUUUGGAUUAAUUAUGGUGUUGAUGAAACGCUGGAACCCAGUCACAAACAGUGGUUGAUUCCUUUUGCUGUUCAGCUGAUUCCAUCGGGCCUUCUGCUUAUCGGUGCCAUCUUCAUCCGGGAAUCCCCCAGAUGGCUCUUUGGUCGUGGUCGCCGAGAGGAGGCAAUCAAGAACCUCUGCUGGAUCCGUCAACUGCCUGAGGAUGACAUCUACAUGAUUGAGGAAAUCGGAGCGAUAGACCAGGCCCUGGAGGAACAGCGUUCCGCUAUCGGUACUGGCUUCUGGAAGCCAUUCCAGGCCGCGGCUACCAACCCGAAGGUCAGGUAUCGUCUCUUCCUGGGUAGCAUGCUCUUUUUCUGGCAGAACGGAUCUGGUAUCAACGCCAUCAACUACUACAGCCCCACGGUUUUUAAGAGUAUUGGUGUGCGGGGCACCAACGCUCAGUUGUUCACCACGGGUAUCUUUGGUGUUGUCAAGAUGGUGGUUACCUUUAUCUGGCUGCUGUGGUUGAUCGACCACGUGGGACGACGUAUGCUCCUGUUGGUUGGUGCUGCCGGAGGUUCUGUUUGUCUAUGGGUGGUGGGAGCCUAUAUCAAGGCCGCAAAGCCCGAAAGCAGACCGGAUGAUGCAGGAAUGGAUGGUGGUGGUAUUGCAGCCAUGUUCUUCUUCUACCUAUGGACUGUUUUCUAUACUCCGACCUGGAAUGGUACACCCUGGGUCCUCAACUCGGAAAUGUUCGAUCCCAACAUGAGAUCCCUUGCACAAGCCUGUGCGGCAGCAUCUAACUGGCUCUGGAAUUUCUUGAUUUCGAGAUUUACGCCGCAGAUGUUUUCCAGCAUGGAAUAUGGCGUAUACUUCUUUUUCGCGUCGCUGAUGAUCCUGUCUAUCAUCUUUGUAUACUUCCUUAUUCCUGAAACCAAGGGUAUUCCUCUGGAAAGCAUGGAUCGACUCUUCGAGAAAAAGCCUAUCUGGCGCGCACAUGGACAAAUGCUUGCUCAAUUGCGCGAGGAUGAGGAACGAUUCCGCCACGAUAUCGAGGAGUCGGGCUACACCAAGGCAAAGGAUGAGCAUGUGGAGGAUGCGGCAAGCGUUCAAGCUAAGCUGUGA